AUGUUACCACUAGGAAGAAGAGUACAAGAUAAACUGGAGGCACUCAUCGAUAAGCAUAUGUCAACAUUGGGAGCAUCGAAGCUUGCUUUGUCGUCCUUAUCAUCUGAAGAACUAUGGGCUAAAAGUGGCCGACUGAAUGCCAGUUCUGAGCUUUUUCGUUUGAAAGACCGAAAAGAGGCGGGAUACCUUCUUGCCCCAACCCAUGAGGAAGAAAUCACAGAACUGGUUUCGAACUCGAUCCAUUCCUACAAAGAACUUCCUGUUCGUUUGUAUCAAAUCACUCGAAAAUAUCGUGAUGAGUUACGACCAAGGCAAGGCCUUCUUCGUUCCAGAGAAUUCGUUAUGAAAGAUCUUUACACAUUCGACUAUAAUAAUAGCUCCGCACUUUCAGCUUACGACGAUGUUCGCAAAGCAUAUAGAAAUCUCUUCGAUGAACUCAACAUCCCAUAUCUUGUGGCCGAAGCCGAUUCUGGAGACAUAGGCGGUGACCUCAGUCAUGAAUUUCACUUUCCGACGAAAGUUGGAGAAGAUAAUAUCAUCAGCUGUACCAAAUGCGACUAUGUGGCAAAUGAAGAGUUGGCAGAAACUGGAGUUCAGGAAGUAAAUGAAAUUGAUGAUUCGGACAUUGUUAAUAUAGGAAACGCGAGUGUUAUUGCAGGCUUUUCUCGUGAUAGACUUACCCUCUUUGCCAAUUGGUUUUAUUCUGAGAAUGGAGAGAAACAUGAGUUGAACACACGUUUAAUCAAAAAGCUUCUGCCAGAAUAUGAUCCUUCCAGAAAAGUGGAGUAUCUGGAGUUAAUGCAACUUGUUAACCAAGAUUCUGGACUUGCGCAUAAAUUCCUCGAUGAAUCAGACCAGCCGUAUAUCACUCGUGUUGUCCACCUAAUUGAUGGAAAAGUUCCUCCUAAGAUUUCCCAGGAGAUCGUGAAGGAUAGGUUCUCUGCACUUGAUAAAGCCAAGGGUAGCUCACGAGAUGAUUGGUUAUCAGAGAUUGAGGAUACAUCAUUUAUGUCCCAAGAUCCAUCUACUGGAGGAGCAUUGAAUUUGCGAAGAAUUACGGAGGGAGAUGUUUGUCCUAAAUGUCAAGAACCGACAUUAAAUGUUCAAAAAGCUAUUGAACUUGGUCAUACUUUUCACUUGGGUACACGAUACAGUAAACCGAUGGAAGCAACUGUUACUGUACCUUUUGGACUUGUGGAAAAUAAGUCUAAUGCUCCCAAAUCAGGAGAAAAUAGUCAGGUUCAGGUUCCAAUGGAAAUGGGAUGUCAUGGCAUUGGUGUAACGAGAAUGAUUGGAGCUGUGGCAGAAACUUUGGCAGAUGAAAAGGGGUUGAAUUGGCCUAGAGUUAUGGCUCCUUUCGAAAUUGUUGUAGUUCCAGGGAAAGGGUUGGGUGAAGAUGCAUUGCAGAUAUUCGAUACACUUUCUGCUGCUAAAAUGGAUCCAGUGGUUGAUGAUCGAGAAGUAUCUAUUGCUUGGAAGUUGAGAGACGCGGAUUUGAUUGGUUAUCCGGUCAUUGUUUUGCUAGGAAGGAAAUGGAAGGAGGGUCUAUGUGAAGUUCAGUGCAGAAGAUUGGGUGUUAAGGAGGAUGUAAAAGUUGAGGAUAUGAAGAGCUUUGUGGGGAAGUUAUUAAGUCAGCUUUGA